GUUUGGUGGCAAGUGCACACAAACUCAAUUCACCCUAGAUGGACAAAAGACAGGCUUUGCUAUGUGAAGGCCGCCUGCAAGAGGCUGAUUCAUGCGCUGGUGGUGGAUAGUCCUCUCGGGACAGGCCUUGCGUUGCCGAUCUGUGCGACAAGCUCCAGAUGGGGCCGAAGUCGUCAGCGCCUGCUUCUUUGCCUAUGUCCUGAAGCUCGACAUGCCUGGCUCCAACCAUCAUACCAUCCGCGCAUCAGACUUCCAGCGAAAGGCAGCUGGUUUUUAUGAGGAUUCGGGAUUGCCUCCACCUCUUUUGGAGGCAUACUGGAUCCUCGCUCUUCCAGAGCAUUUCCAGGAAGCUGUGCUCAAAGAAUGCCCAGCGAUGGUUGUACUUGCCUACUUGCUUGGCGCGGAAUCCAAAUUGUACACUGAGCCACAAGUAGCUGCAGAGCUUUACGACGUUGGAAUGGGAUUGUUGCAGAGGUUCGAGAUACGGACGCGAAGUUUGAUUCGUGAGUCCUGGCCGAUCGAUGCAGCUCUUGGUAGACUCCGGGCUGCUCAUGAAUCUCUUCAGAGGCUUGGAAGCAAGUCAGUGCCUUCCACUGGCCUAGUCGAUAUAGUCCUGGCAUACUGCAACGAGGACUUGCAAUGGCUGCAGGUGGCCUUGCCGCGAUGGGUGGAAGGGACUGCUCGGCUGUAUGUCUAUGAGAAGUGUGGAACUCCAGCUGUCUUAGGACUAUUGCCAGCGCACAUCCAGGUCUUCCACGAGCAAGUUAUUGAUGGACCUCCAGGUGGCAGGAAAGAUGAAUGCAGCGCUUACUUGACUCAUUUGUCGCGAGCUGCCAUGACCAGAGAUGUCGCCCUUUACACCCUUUUUCUACAGGCGGAUGCUUUGAACCAUGUUUGGCCAUACUACCUUCACUUGGUAAUGCGAUCCAUACAGCUCCGGUCCUUGGAUGUGAGCUUCCUGCACUUGGGCCAAUCACGGAUGGUUGCCUCCACGUCGGAAUGCAAACGAGCGAUUUUUAAACAAGUUAUGGGUGUUGAUCAACAGAAGAUGGCAUCUGGCUACUGUUGCGCCCAAUUUCUCGUCCGGCAGGAUUUGAUCCUGGCACAAGGAGAGUUGUGGUUCCGUGCGCUGAAGGCUAUGGAUGAGCCACUGCCAGCUGGCUGUGAGCAUGUCAGGCAAGGCACUGGGAUGCACUGCCUGGUCUUUGAAUCUAUUUGGCACACCAUGUUUGGCUUCUCUGAGACCUUCAUCCCAAGAGCCGAAGAUCUUACGCUUCCAUCCUUCCUGAGGAUACCUGAGAGUGAUGAAAGUGACCUCCCAGACGGUCUCAGAUCCACGUUCUACCUGGAAAGAGCCACAGGUGAUGAUCUGUCUUGGCUGGAAAAACUUCUGGCAAAGGAGUCCGACAUGUCUGGUGCCAGGAGCCUCGGCUAUGUAGGGUGGGACCAGAGAAUAGCAACAGCUUGAAAAGUCUCUGGCCGCGUGCCAUCUCACAGUUUGACUUUGACUUCGGAGGGAACUAUUGUAAUUUGACAUGAAAC